AUGAAGUUCACUGCCAUCUUUGCUCUUGCUGCUCUCACUGCUGUCAAUGCCCUUGCUCUCGAUCGUCGUGGUGUUCCCGAAUGUGCUGCUGGCUUGACUCAAGUGCAAAGCCAAUUGGAUGUGGUCACCACGGGUGUCAACAACUGGAAGGUGUCCGAUGGUUAUGCUGGUGCCCUCAAGGUGCAAACCGAGGAGACCAAGCUUGAGAAGAAUCUCGAUAGCGCAAAGUCAGCAUGCACCAUCUCUGGUACCGUUUCCGAGGCUGAUGCUGAUACCAUUCUUGCCCAAGUCGAUACCCUUGUCCCCAAGGUGGAGACUGCCCUUGACAGCCUUGUCCAAAAGAAAUCCGAUUUCGAUCAAGUGUUGCUUGUCACUGCUCUCGUCACCAAGGAUAUCAAGAACCUCAAGACCAAGACCGAUGCCCUUGACAACGCUCUCCUUUCUGCCACUCCCGCUUCCUACAAGGACCGUGCUAAUGCCUAUGUCAAGCGCAUCAAUGAUGCCUUUGCUGCUGCUUACACCGCCUAUGGCAUUUAA